CAAAUCUGUUCUUUUUCUUGCUUUUUCUGUCCGAGGAAAAGUAGAAGAGAAACACAGUACCCUAGAUUUGCCCUUCUCUGCUUCGGAAGAAAGUGAAACAGAACAAAAUUGCAAUGGCUUUCGCUUCUUUCCUUGGCAGAGUUCUCUUCGCUUCCGUCUUUAUACUCUCUGCUUACCAAGAAUUUAAUGAGUUUGGAGUUGAUGGUGGGCCUGCAGCGAAAGCACUCAGACCAAAGUUUGAUGCAUUUACACAUCGCGUGCAUUCUCAAGUUGGCUUUCAACUCCCACAGAUUGAUACGCAAAUUUUAAUUGCUGGGGCUAUUGCUCUCAAGGGCCUUGGAGGAGUUCUUUUCAUAUUUGGCAGCUCUUUCGGAGCUCUCCUUCUGCUCCUGCAUCAGCUUAUUGCUACUCCUAUCCACUAUGAUUUUUACAAUUAUGAGAGCGAGGACAAAGAAUUUACUCAACUUUUCAUCAAAUUUACACAGGUCAGAGACGUGACUUUUUUAAAAAACUUUAUUUUCAAUACAAUAUUCCCAGAUGUAUUUUUACAUUUGUUCUCUAAAUAUAAUAUAAUUCCUUGUAGAAUAUGGCUCUCUUUGGGGCUCUGUUGUUUUUCAUCGGCAUGAAGAACUCCAUCCCUAAAAGGCAACACAAGAAGGCACCGAAAACAAAAACCUAUUAGUACCAGCAGCAUUGGAGGACCCCGUUUCAAGGAGGGGAUGCUGUUGGCUCUUAAUCAUAUCCUCACAAAUGUACCAGGAUUUGGGUUGGAUACUUCUCUGGUUCAGAAUCAGUCUUCCUCUCCCUUUGAGUUUUGUAGUUUUGGCUUCACUUGGAUUAAAUUAUUGGCUAUUAUUUUGUAUGAUCUUGUCAUCACGGCUUUAGGAACUAUCUUCCAGUUAGACUUGUCUGUUAAAAAUGAAAACAAAAGGAUGAGAAACCUUGGCUCUUGAACUUCAGAAUGCCAAUUUCAUUCUGUUCUAUCUUUCUUGAUGUAAGGUCUUCAAAGCCUGGCAUUGGAAGUUAUGUAACUUAACUGGAGUUAUCCACUUCAGCCAUGAAUUUGUGUGCCCCA